AUGGCGUUGUGCAGCACCUUCAAGUCAUGGGGAUCCUACUUGAAGCGUGUUACGCAGCGCAAGGAGAAGCUUCAUCAUUUGACUGGAAACGAGACUCCUGCAAUUCCUGCUGUUUCUGUUGUUAGUACAGGAACUCAAUAUCCUUCCAACAGGAUGGGUCCAGAGGGCCUCGCGGAAAUAGCCUUCAGACACUACGCCGAUAGUCCUGCUCUCCAAAAGACAUUGGAGAUCAACGCGAAGUCCAGGAUAGAAGAGCGUUACAGCGCUAUACCGCGUAGUCACCCACUGUGGCACCAACUCAAUACACCGAGUAUCGCAGAGUGUGAUGAGCUUUUUAAGAAAUACGGCAUUCCCCUCGCUGAAGAGGCUGCUAAGAAGGCCUUGGCAGAAUGGGGCGGCUCACCAGUUGAUAUAACUCAUAUUGUUACAGUCACUUGUACAAACACGUCUAACCCAGGGUUCGAUUGUUUCCUGUCCCAAAGACUGGGGUUUGGAAAAUCUGUGCGGCGCACUCUCCUCCAUGGGGUUGGAUGUGCUGGUGGUGUUGCAGCACUUCGAACAGCAAAUGAGCUCCUUCUCGGCGCUGCACAUCAGGGCAAGCCAGCCAGGUGUCUUGUGGUUUCGUGCGAAAUCCCAUCUGUUUUUAUCCGAAGAGAGUUAGAAGAUCUCAUCAAAGAACAAAGGCCUAACGUUGGGCUCACGCUUUUUGGGGACUGUGCUAGUGCGAUGGUGCUUAGCAAUGGUAUUGGCAUCAAGGAAUCUGAAAGACCUCCCCUAUGGAACAUUCUCAAUUCUCAGACUACUCAGAUUGAGAAUUCAGGUGGCUGUCUUGAGUACAAUGUUGGCCCAUCAGGCUAUCUUGCAGUUAUAUCGAAGGAUGUUCCUAAGCACGUCAAAUCAAGUUUGCCGUCAGGCUUUCAGGAACUCAUUACGUCUACUAAAUCCCUCCGCGAGAACCCUUCAAACUUUGACCCCACUACCUAUGACUGGGCGCUACACCCUGGUGGUUAUGGCAUUCUCACUCUCGGUCAGCAGGCUCUGGGAUUAUCAACGCACCAUUUGCGGAAGAGCUAUGAGGUCUACACGAAAAGAGGCAAUACCAGUUCCUCCACAGUGCUUAGCAUUAUGGAUAAGCUGGCGCACGAAGAUGAAAAAGGUGGAUCCGGAAGUGACAAACUCAUCACCGCAGCCUUUGGACCAGGUAUUACUAUGGAGAUGCUGGUGCUGGCCAAAGCAUAA